AUUUUCCCCAUCUCUAAUAUUUGUAGAAGCCACCUUCAAUCAGAAUCUCAUCUUUCUCGUCGUUCUCAACUUCGGUUGCUUCUGCGUCUCGUACAGUAUUAUCCCAAGGAUCAUUAGCAAUCUACGACCACAAUGAGUCUCCCUGAAGUCCGUGUCAGCCACCAGACAGGCAAAGCCAACAAAGUUGUCGUCAUUGGAGCAGGCCCGGUGGGCCUUCUGACGGCACUCCUCCUUGCUCAAGCAGGCAUCGGCGUUGAUGUCCUGGAGAAGGGCACUACCCUAGACGAAUCUCCGCGAGCAGCGGGCUAUUUUGGGGGCGCUCUUUUGGCUCUUAAAAGAGCAAAACUGCUGGAAAAAGUGACUGCUCAAGGAUUCACGUGCCGAGGCAUUGUGUGGCGGAAGCCGUUAGCGGAUGAUGGGCGCGAGUCGAAGCGAAUGGGGGAUGUUAUCGCCCAUCUUUCCUUUCCCCAGGAUACUUCCAAGCUUCCGGGGAUGGAUGCAAUCGUUUCUCUAAGACAGUCCGAGCUAGUCAAGUUAAUCUUCGCAGACGCCAUGGAGACUGGCUUGGUCCGCGUGCAUUUCGAUACGGAACUCGUCAAUAUUCAUGACCACGGAGAUUCUGUCACAGCCAUUGCAAAACGCCCUGGCGGUGACGAACAGUCUUUCAAUGCCUCCUUCCUGGUUGGUGCUGACGGAGGAAGGUCUGCGACGCGGAAGAUUCUUGGGAUCCCACUCAAGGGUCACACAUGGCCCGAGAAGCUCAUCGCGAUUGAUCUACUGACCCGCACAGAAGGCCUGUACGAUAUCAAUUUCCCCACAACCAUGGUUAUUGAUCCGAUUCAUUUUUGUGUGAUGACGCCACUAGAGAAGCCCCAAGAGGGGAAGAUGACUUUGUAUCGCUGUGCGGUAGCACUAGACGCAAAAGAUGAUCGGCCCGACGAGGUAUUGAUUAGCGAGAAGAACUUGCUCUCCCUACUGAGUCGAGUGCUUCCCGGUGAGAGACCACUGCAGGUCAAAGUGGUUCGUGCUUCGCCCUACAAGAUACACCAGCGAUGUGCCUCGACAUUCCACCGCGGCAGGUGCCUGCUGGCGGGGGACGCUGCUCACUUGAACAAUCCGGUUGGUGCGCUAGGCCUAACUACAGGAAUCCUUGACUCCGAAGCGGCUGCCGAUGCUCUGGAAAUGAUAAUCAACGAGGGAAAGCCACUCAAGGUUCUGCAAAUUUACGCCGAUGUCCUCCGUAUCCUCAAAUACCCGAAUCCGGUCUUCUCCUUGCUCCAGGAGGUGAGAUCCGCUGUGCCGAUGGCAUUGCCCUUGAUAGCGUGCAGAACCAGGCUCGAGGUUUCGGAGCCUCUGACUCUAAGAGCUUCAUACAGUCCGAGUCUAUGUAAUAACCUUAGUCCAUUAGACGGAAUUCCAAUUGCGCCGCCAAGUGUCGUUGGUUCUGGGCGAAUUUCAUAUACCACCACGGACAUGUGGUUAUACUGUUGGAGACGCAGUGCCGCGGCCAGACCAGCCGGCCCGGCUCCUAUGAUGAUAGCCUGGAAUCUUCUGAGGUGACUCCAUCCUGGGACUCGAUUUCGCCGUGAUGGUGCAAAGGACCGUUGGAGAGGCAAAUACAGAAAUCACUCGUACUUCUGAAUGUGCUGCA